UGAGCAACCGCGACACAGGAUUUUUUUUCCAAGUUCAUGGCACGCAAGGCCUAUCAUUUAUCACUCUAAGUCAAAUUACAUAGACAAAGAGUGUAAAUAAAUGUGUUGGACACACGCAGAAUCGCGUCAUCCCGAUGCAAAACUUCAGGAGAUACUCUGACAGAUGGCCACUUUAAUCUAUCUGCAUACGCAGUAGAAGGUCUGGCAGGGUUAUGACUGAAACAAUAUCGGUCAACUUAAGGACAGAAAAAUGGCAAACAAACCAAAAAUUCACGUGUUUUUGGGUGCCCCGUGUCCUCAAGCACUCGCUGAAGAGGUGCAAGAGAGAGCGGCAACACAAUGGAAGACAAUGGACCUCACUUGGAGUCAAGGCAGGUUGAUUCCCAAGGACACCGUUAGAGAAUCUCAAACAGAUAAUGAGUGUGUUGCGACUGUUAGUGGUGGAACGCAAUCUGCUGUUACCUCUGACAGAAUACCUGAGAGUACAGAGGACAAAACGGAAAUAUCACAGGACGACAGCACUCCAUCAGGCUGCCAGUGCUCUCAAUCAAAGGCAGAGUCUGUUGAAGAAGAGCAGUUGUGUCCUGUAUUAGUGACAGAAUACCUAGAUAGUUGCUUCUCCUCGCAUAGUAUGAGCAGACAAGGCAGAGAUGGAAGGCCUGCAUCGCCUGUUUCCACAGAGACUGAGUAUCUGAGUACUUGGACAAAGUCCCAAGCAUUGCUUCUUCGAGGUAGAGUGGCCCAAUGUCCUACUUCGGACUUUCCUGAUGACUUUCUUCUUGGUUCUCCACACACCCCUCCCAAACAAACACCCUCAACCUCUGUAAGUUCCCCAGAAUUGUACAGCCCUGUGGUCAGCCCUGAAGAGAGGGGCUUGGGGGGAACCUUGCAAAGCUCAGGAGAGUGGCAUAAUGAGAGUCUAAGCCAAAGACAGCAAGAGAGAGGGGUGAUUCUGGAAAUCACAACUGACGGCAUCCUCUGCUCUCAAGGCAGUGCUAUACCUGAAAAACCUGUGGCUCAUAAGGAAGUUGGGCUUGAUAUUGACUCACCAACUACAUUUCCACAGACUUCACCUAGUCCCACUACGUCUAAAAGAAUGAAGUUGUCUCAGAAAAAAACAACAGAGCAGAAGGCAAGAACUGUUGCUGCCCCCCUCUGUGGGCCUACAACCCUGCUGGCCAGAUGUAAGACUCAUGGCGUACGAUACGCCAUCUUGGUGGCUGUAGUGCAUCCAUGCCACUUAAAAGAAGUCAAAGUGAAAACUGGAGCUUCAGCUGGAACCAGUGUACCUCUAGCAACGCUGAUUGUUACAGACCAAUCAGAUGUGGAGAUGAAGGUGGUGCUAUGGAGGACAGCAGCUUUCUGGGCUUUGACAGUUUUUCCAGGAGAUAUUCUGCUCAUUACAGAUGUGACAGUGCAUGUAGACAAGUGGAAGACUGAGACUGUCCUACAGUCGUCCUUCACCAGUAAGCUGCUGAAUUUGGGACAGGUCAAAAGGGAACGUAUUCCACUAGCCCCACAGAACUUGAACAGUCACACAUUAAGAAUGCUGUGCACUCAUCUGUGUGAGAAGCGCCCCCUUUUGGUGUCUCUGCCUCCUCACAAACCUCAGGAUUUACACUCCAUCCCAUUCAUCCGUCUUGGAGCAUUACGUCCUGACACACUGGUUCAUGCUCUGCUUAGGGUUAAACAUCAGAAAUUAAUCACAGCCUGGAGUGAUGAAGCAGAGGGGACAUCCAGAGCAGGAGGCGUGCUAAAAGCCAUUUUGAAUGUGGAGCAAGGAGAUUGUCAACAAGGCGCUGUUAUACUCUGGGGAGCUGCUCUCUCUUGGCUGCAGCGUUUGGAGAGGAACAAAGAUGCUGUGUGGGAGUUCAGGUUGCUGCUAGUCAGACAGGAUGUCACCUCAGGUUUGCUAGAGCUGCAUUCGACUCCAUGGAGCACCUGUAAGCCUCUCUUUCCUGAUGACAAUCGAUGUAAGGAGUUUUACAACACUGUCCGCACACAAAGGACCGCUAGCAGCAUUGAGAUUGAUCUCGGCACACUCCUGUCCCAGAAAUACACAGGUGAUGUGGAGCUGAGAGUUAAAAUCACGGCGUUCCAGUUCCAGAGCAGUCCGUCCCAAGAGGACUCGCUUUUAAUAGAUGGCAACACGCCCUUGGAGACGAUCUUGGACAUAGUGUCUGGUGACAUCAUCUUUGCUGGCUGUGGUCAGUGCUCUGCAGAACUAGAAACAGAUGAGAACAGCAUAUACAGACCCUGCUACCCUUGCCUGCCACACACAGGAGUGCGUCGCUACUAUAGGCCAGUUGUUUUAACUGUGAGAGCUGGAAAUGAUCAAAUCUGUGUGCAAGUACCUCCUGCUCUAGUGCAGAAGAUCCUCCUGAACACACCUCCAGAUAAGCUACAUAAAACCAUAGCUCCAGCAUCAGAGGUGAGGUUCAUCCAGGUAGUAGCUAACAGGAUUAGUUCCAUAUUGACCCCCAUGAAGAACACAUUUAUGCUGACUGUCCGAAGCCAUUUCCAGGUCGGUUCGGAUGAACCAGCAGAACACAGAAUGGCUGGAGCACUGAGGAUGGAUGAUGCACAGUAUCCCAUGAAGUUUAACAAUGAGUUCCUGGACCUUCAUUAUCUGCAAGAACCUUUUGAGGUGAAGCCAGAACCCUAUGUGCCAGAGACAAUUCAUGGGCCUUAUCUACAGAUAAUUGAGGAACCAAAGCAGAGAGGAUUCAGAUUUCGUUAUGAAUGUGAGGGCCCAUCCCAUGGUGGUCUGCCAGGGGCCUCCAGUGAGAGAAACAGACGGACGUAUCCCACAGUCAAGGUGUCAAACUACGUGGGUCUCGCUCGCGUAGAGGUUCAGCUAGUGACGCACACGGACCCCCCUCGCGUUCACGCGCACAGCCUGGUGGGUCGCCAUUGUAAUGACAACGGGAUAUGUACCAUUGACGUCGGGCCUAAUGAUCUCACUGCACAAUUCAGUAAUUUAGGCAUCCUCCAUGUCACUAAGAGAGGAGUGGUUGAAGUAUUAACAAAAAGACUGAGAGAAGAGAAGAGGAGGAUGAAAGAGGCUGGAUAUAAAUCUACCGAUGCAGAGGAUCAGGCUAUUUUGCAAGAGGCCAAAGAACUGGGCAAAAACAUGGACUUAAAUAUUGUGAGGUUAAAGUUCACCGCUUACUUGCAGGACAGUAAUGGGAGUUUUACAAGAGCCUUGAAGCCAGUUGUCUCCAACCCUAUCUAUGAUAGUAAAUCACCAAAUGCUUCAAAUCUGAAGAUCUCCCGCAUGGAUAAAACCUCUGGAUCAGUGCUGGGAGGAGAAGAGGUCUUUCUACUCUGUGAUAAAGUUCAAAAAGAUGAUAUUGAUAUUCGUUUUUAUGAGGAAGAGGAGGAUGGAGGAUGGGAGGCAUUUGGAGACUUCUCUCCCACUGAUGUCCACAAACAGUAUGCAAUCGUGUUUAAGACACCACCAUACCGCUGUGCAGAUAUCACACGUCCUGUCACAGUCUUCCUGCAGCUCAAGAGGAAGAAGGGAGGCGACUGCAGCGAACCCAAACAGUUCACGUACAUUCCUCACAAUCAAGACAAAGAAGAGGUUCAGAGGAAGAGGAUGAAGGCACUUCCUCAGCCCUACGAUCACUGGCGGGGAGGACCUCAAGGAGGAGCAGGGGCCUUUGGAGGUCCUGGAUCUGGAACAGGAGGAGGUGGAAUGGGAGGAGGUUUUCAAUAUAAUCAUCCAAUGGAUGGUUCAGGGUAUUUCAUUGGUGGAUGUACUGGAUUUAGCGGCGGGGCACAAAUGUCAGGUUCCACCCCACAGGCUGAGGGAUCUCAGAAUCAGCCGACAAACACACAAACUCAGUCUGGCUCUCAAAUGCAACAGCAGCUCUUUCAGAUUGCCACAGCUCUGCAAAAUCGUGCUACUUUAAUGGCAAAGUGCUCUGCCCGUGCAUUGUUACAGUACUGCAGCACAGGGGAUGUGCGCCCUCUGCUGGUUCUGCAAAGACAUCUAUGUGGAGUGCAAGAUGAGAACGGAGACACGCCUCUGCACCUGGCCAUUAUUCAUCAGCAACCUGUGGUGGUGCAACAUCUUAUUCAAGCCCUGAACAACACUCCACAGCAGAAGUUUAUUAACAAACUCAACAAACUCAACCAGGCUCCACUGCAUCUGGCUGUGAUCACGAAGCAGCCCAAGUUAGUUGAGAUGCUGAUGAAAACAGGGGCAGACCCGAGCCUGCUAGACCACGAGGGCCGGACAGCACUCCACUUGGCCGCUCACACCGGUGAUGAGGCCACACUACGCUUGAUCCUGGGCAUGCUGGGAGAACGCCAUGCUCAUUUAAUAAACUCUGCUGACUUCUCAGGUCAGUAUCCAGUCCAUCUCGCAGUAAAGAAAGAUGGAGAGCACUGUCUUCGAUUGCUGGUGGAGGCAGGAGCAAAGAUUAACAUGCCAGAGCAGAAAAGUGGCUGCACAGCACUACACCUGGCAGUGAGGGACAACCUUUUAAAACUGGCCUGCUAUCUCAUUACUGAGCUGAAGGCUGACGUGAAUGCGUGUACCUACGGUGGCAACAGUCCUCUUCACUUUGCUGCCAGCCAGGGCUCCCCACCUCUCUGCUCCAUGCUGAUAGCUGCAGGUGCUGAUAAACGUAUGGAGAACGACGAGCCUCUUUUUUACCAGAGCUCGUCUUCUUCGGAUGAAGAUGACGAGAGCGAGAAGAAUGAAGUCGACAGGCAGCUUCCAGAUCACAUGGUGCAGCAAGUUCACUGCAUGUCGAUAUCAUCCGAAAGAGGAACGUUUAACCCACGCAAGAGACCUGCUGCGGGACACACACCAUUUGACCUGGCCAAAUGCCAAAAGGUUAGAGAUCUUCUAGAUGGCAGGAAAGGCCCCAAGCACAGUUCACUUGCCCCCAAGAGGACCAAAAUAAGCACUGAGGAAGCGAACCAGGGUUUGGACGGUGAGGUGCUCACAAAGCUGUGUGGUAUUCUCAUUGAAGACCACGUACCCUGGAGAGAGCUGGCGGAGAAACUGGGCAUGCUCACUCUCUCUCACCUGUACCAGGAUAGUCCCUCACCCUGUCAGAAGCUUCUCGAAAGCUACCAGUUGAGUGGUGGUCCCGUGGACGGCCUGGUGGAGGCGCUGCAGUCUCUGGGUGUGAGUGAAGGAGUGAGAUUGCUGAGAGACAGCCAACCCAGAGAGGACAAGCAGAACACAGAUUCUAAAGAGGACAGUGGCUUUGGGAGUCAGUCCAUUGAUGAGGAGAUGGGAAAUCCUGCAAUGGCCAAUCACUGAUUAUCAGGAUCUAUUCUAUGAGGACAAAUGCACUUUAUUUAACUUUCUUCAGGUGCGAACUGGUGGACUUUUAAUCAUCUCAGUAAAGUGGAAAUAACAGCACAGCACAGGAGGAAUUGAAAAUGAUCUUUUUGAGGUCAAAAGCCCAUGCUGGUGUUACAUAACAGAAAGACAGCGUGACAGAAAUCAGUUGCUUCAAGAUACUCCAAUCUCCAUGCUCUGGAGUGAAACUGUAGUCUUAGUGCAAACAAUUCUCAGUACUUCUAUCUCAACAGCAACUCAAUAGUGGUGAUUUCACAGUAAUUUAAGAGUAAUGCAACUCUUAUUUCACAACCACGACUGAAAGCUCAGAAUACGUCUGCAGAAUGUUGUGAAAUGAAUGUUUCUACUAAGCUCUGUUUUGAUAUAUAUAUGCAAUCUUAAGAAAAUGCGAAGAUUUUGGUUAAUUUUCUGAUACAUCUGGAAAGGUCUAUCAUAUGCUGUUUAUUUAUGUGUAGUUUUGAUUGCAGUUAUAUGCUUUUUCAGAGGUUGGGUAAAUAUGUUUGUGUUUAAUAAAGUUAUUUCGUUAUUUUGUGUCUUAUACGAUGACUUUAUAUAGUAGGGCUGUUAGGAUUCCUCAAAUCAGUUUGAGUAGUCGAUUUAAAAAACAAAACAAAUCCUCGAGCUCGACACCGUCAGAAUACCGUAAGUGGCAGACCAGCCACGGACAAGAAUCCAUGAAACUAAUUGACCAUCUUCCAAGGCUGCAUGAUGCAUCAAUACAUCAUAAUAAUGCAAAAUGCUGUUGUGAAUUAACAAAUGCAACGUUUCAGUAAAUAUGCGAUGCAGGUUUAAUAUAUGCGUUUUAAUUAUUUACAUGCUCGUAAUUAGAUCAUGCAGUAAAGUGUAAAAACAAUCGUCAGGCGUUUGGCGCCCUCAGUAGUCAUUUGUUAUAAUGCGUAAUAGUUCUGUUGUUAAAUAAAACAUGUUUUUUAAUA